AUGUAGCUAAGCCUGAUUUCAAGGAAACCUAACUCUUAUUUUGUGCAACUUAUUUCAUUCUAGCAAGUCAAAUAUAUCACAAAUGGAUUCCAAGAAAAUGCAGCUUAUUCUUGAUGCUCCCGGCAUUAAAGGGAAGACUGUCAAAAUAUUAUCCAACCAAUCAAUAAUUGAUCAUGUUCAAUCUAUUAUCCUCAAUACCCAAAUAACCGAACAUCCAUUUUAUGUUUUAGAUUUACGUGCUGUCGGUUCACUAAUGGAGAACUGGUCUCGUCAGCUUCCUAUGAUUCAGCCUUUUUAUGCUGUCAAGUGCAAUUCAGAUCCUUCGCUUCUUGCAGCACUUGCUGCUCUUGGCUGCAAUUUUGAUUGCGCGAGUAAGGCCGAGAUCCAAUCUGUUUUAUCUCUCGGAGUUUCGCCUGAUCGUAUAGUCUACGCAAAUCCGUGCAAAGCUGGAAAUCAUAUAAAAUACGCUGCUAAUGUUGGGGUCAACCUUACAACAUUUGAUUCAAUAUACGAAAUUGAUAAGAUCUCGAAACUGCAUCCAAAUUGUUCUUUACUUCUUCGCAUUAAAGGUCCGGUAGAUAGUGUUUCGAAAUAUCCAUUAGAUUCCAAAUUUGGCGCACUUCCGGAAGAAAUUGAGCCGCUUCUGAAAGCCGCUCAAGAAGCAGGGUUACCCGUGUUAGGGAUUUCGUUUCACAUCGGAAGCGAAUCAACGAAUCCUCAAGCAUACCGCACGGCUAUUGCUGCCUCGAAGGUUGCAUUUGAUUCUGCAACUAAACUAGGCAUGCCACCCAUGACUAUUCUUAACAUCGGCGGUGGGUUCAGUGCUGGAUCAUUUUUUGAUGAAGCGGCUAUAGCUAUCAAAUCCGCUCUGCUCGAUUAUUUUUCCGAUAAUCAAAAACUGACCGUCAUAUCCGAGCCGGGUAGAUACUUUGCCGAGACAGUUUUUACUCUAGCAACUAGCAUUAUCGGAAAGCGUGUUCGCGGAGGAAUAAGAGAGUAUUGGUUAAAUGAUGGGGCUUACGGAUCCUUUCUGUGUCUUGUAUAUGGUAUGACACUUCCUCCGUGCAUACCGCUAGCGCUAUCGUCGAAUCUUGCGAAUACUAAUUGCGAAGGGGUGCCGACGCAUAGGUCGAGAUUGUUCGGACCUACAUGUGACUCGCUAGAUAAAGUUAUGGAGGACACUGAAUUGCCUGAAUUGCAGACGAAUGAUUGGCUUGUGUUUCAUACAAUGGGUGCUUAUACAACUGCUUGUUCAACCAGUUUUAAUGGCUUUAGCCUAGCUGAUGUCUUAACUUAUCUUGUUAUAUGAUGAAUAUUGAAAUGAUUUGAGCUCGUAGCUUCACUUUCGGAAGCCAAAUAAUAUACCACAGGCUGAGUAAUCCUUUGAAUAA